AUGAAAACUGUCGUGCGGAGGAGGUUUGUCCCAUCCCAUUACUACCGGGAUUUACACUUGAAGCUGCAGAAUCUUAAGCAAGGGUCUAAGACCGUGGAGUACCACAAAGAGAUGGAGAUUACCAUGAUUCGCGCCAAUGUUGAGGAUGAUCGAGAGGCAACCAUGGCUCGGUUCAUUAGUGGACUUAAUCGGGAGAUUGCCAAUAUUGUGGAGCUACACCAUUAUGUGGAGCUUGAAAAAUUGUGGACUUCCAAGUUUGAAGGGGCUGGACCUAAAUGGGCUGGUUCAAAGCAAGAGGAGAAGGCCAGGGGAGACAAGCCCGCAGCCAAGCCAUCAUCUGAAUCUAAGGAGAGGAGUAACUCUUCUUCCCAACCUCAAAGAAACCGUGAUAUAAAGUGUUUUCAUUGUUUGGGUUCUGGUCAUUAUGCUUCUCAAUGCCCGAACAAGAGAGCCAUGAUUAUGUUAGAUAAUUGGGAGAUUGAAAGUGCGGAUGAGCAUGUGAGUGACGCGGACUCUAUACCAUCACUUGAAGAUGCCAAUGAUGUGGAGCAUGCGGAUCAAGUAUGUAGAUUGAUUAUUGAUGGAGGAAGCACGGUGAAUGUGGCAAGCAAGCUGAUGGUGGAGAAGUUUGGUUUGAGCACUCAAAAGCAUUCGAUGCCAUAUAGGCUUCAGUGGCUGAAUGAAAGUGGUGAAUUGAAGGUGACAAAACAAGUGUUGAUCCCAUUUUCUAUUGGGAAGUACCAUGAUGAAGUUUUGUGUUAUGUAGUUCCUAUGAUAGCCAGCCAUUUGUUACUCGAGAGGCCAUGGCAAUUUGAUCGAAGGACUACACAUGACGAGUACAAGAAUCGGUAUAGCUUCAUCAAGGAUGGUCGAAGCAUGACACUUGCCUCGCUGCCACCACAUCAAGUGUUCGAAGAGCAACUCCAAAUCAAGAAGUCUAGUGCCGAGAGUUCAAAAGAAAGUAAGAGAGAGUUUGAUGAUGUGUUUCUUGAGGGGAUGCCACCAAGAUUGCCACCAAUCCGUGGGAUCGAACAUCAAAUUGAUUUCAUCCCGGGAGUACCCAUUCCAAAUCGACCAGCAUAUCGGUGUAGCCCCGAAGAAGCAAAGGAACUCCAAAAGCAAGUUAAUGAGCUGCUGAUCAAGAGCUAUGUUCGAGAAAGCAUGAGUUCAUGCUCUGUGCCCGUGUUGCUUGUUCCCAAGAAAGAUGGCAUAUGGAGGAUGGGUGUAGAAUUGGAUAAAGAGAAGGUGAAAGCAAUCCGGGAAUGGCCUACACCCAUUACCAUUGCUGAGGUCCGAAGCUUCCAUGGUCUUACUGGAUUCUAUCGAAGAUUUGUGCGCAAUUUUAGCACCAUAGCUGCUCCUUUGACCGAGACCAUCAAGAAGGAAAAUGGCUUUAGAUGGGGCAAGGAGCAAGAGAAGGCAUUCAAUACCUUGAAAGAAAAGCUAUGUGCCGUCCUUAUGCAAGAGAAGAGGCAUAUUGCUUACUUCAGUGAGAAGCUCAACGGGGCUGUAUUAAACUACUCCACAUACGACAAGGAGCUCUAUGCUUUGGUGAGGGCUUUGGAGACAUGGCAGCAUUACUUGUAG